GCGGACAGAUCAAAAAAAAAACAGACACAUGAAAAAGACAGGGAGUAGUUUGUAACCGAAAUAACAGAAAAGAAGUCCACUAUAACAGUCGAGUUGCGGGAAAAAAUUGAUUAGAGAGAAAAUGAAAAUUUUCAACAUUCUUCACAGAAACUACAAUAAUCUCACCAGUAGACAAACCCUAAUUUCUGUAACUUCUAGAAUUCAUAAAUUGGGGGUUUUUAGAAAUCGCCGAUUCUCAACGAUGACCAGUGAAGAACCAGAACUUAAAGAGUUCACUAAUUACUUGGAUAAUCUCAAAAAUUACGAGAGAUCUGGUGUUCCAGGUGGAGCAGGAACUGAUUCUGAUGAUGGAUUUGAUAUGGGAAGAAUGAAUCGGUUGAUGAAAUGCCUCGGAAAUCCUCAAUCAAAAUUUAAGUCUGUGCACAUUGCUGGUACUAAGGGAAAAGGAUCAACUGCGAUGUUUCUCUCCAAUAUUUUACGGCAAGAAGGGUACUCAGUUGGAUGUUAUACCAGCCCACAUCUAUGGAGUAUCAGAGAACGCAUUCUGUUAGGAAGAAAUGGAGAACCAGUAUCAGCAAAGUCAUUGAAUUCACUUUUUCUCCGAGUUAAAGAUAUUCUUGACCGGGCAUUUCAAAUGGAAAAUGGAUCUAUCAGCCAUUUCGAGGUUUUCACUGCCGUAGCUUUUACCCUGUUUGCUCAAGAGAAUGUUGAUAUUGCAGUUGUUGAGGCUGGCUUAGGUGGAGCACGAGAUGCCACUAACGUGUUCUCUAGUUCUGAACUCUUAGCAUCAAUUAUAACAACGAUAGGAGAAGAACAUUUGGCUGCGCUUGGGGGAUCCUUAGAGAGCAUUGCAAAGGCCAAGUCAGGAAUCAUAAAACAAGCCUGCCCAGUGGUUUUUGGUGGGCCAUUCGAACCACAAAUUGAAUCCAUUCUCUACGAUAAAGCAUCCUCUAUGGGUUCACCUAUUGUGUCAGCAUCUGCCCCUGGUAACCGGAGCAGCAUCAAGGAGAUUAUGAGAAAUAAUGGAAAACCAUAUCAGAUUUGUGAUAUACUCAUUGAUAUUGAGAAAGACCUACGGUUGUCUACUGAACUGUUUGAUGUGAGAAUGCCUAUGGUUGGAAGUCACCAACUUCAAAAUGCUGUAACUGCUACUUGUGCAGCUCUAUCUCUUCGGGAACAAGGUUGGAGAAUAUCGGAUGAAUCCAUCCGUGUUGGUUUGGAGCAUACUUGUUUGACUGGAAGAAGCCAGUUCCUAACACCUAAAGAAGCUGAUGCAGUUGGGCUUGCUGGAACAACAAUACUGGUUGACGGAGCCCAUACGAAAGAAUCUGCCAGAAGUCUAACAGACACAAUUCAGUUGACAUAUCCAGAUGCACCAUUGGCCCUUGUAGUAGCAAUGGCGAAUGACAAAGACCAUUUAGCUUUUGCGAAAGAACUUCUUUCAGGGAGUACACCAGAUGCUGUUAUAUUGACAGAAGUCAGCAUAGCUGGAGGAAGCUCCAGACUGACUCCAGCUUCCAAGUUAAAGGAAUGUUGGGUUCAAGCUGCCACAGAAUUGGGUGUUACCUUUUCAGAUAUAGGGAUCGGAGGCGUGGACAAGUUUCCAGUGGAGGAACAAGGUAAACACAAAUGUGUAGUCCUGGGUACUGGUAAAUCAGUGGAAGAAUCCAUGAACAUAGCCAAUCAGUUACUCAGAGCUAGAGUAUCAGAUAGUGAGUCAUGUCUCAUUGCAGUCACUGGGUCUCUUCACAUUGUUUCGUCCCUUUUAGCACCUCUCCAGAGAUAAUUUGUUUUCUUCACUUGAAACCUAAAAACAAUGUAGUUUUUAUUUACCCUUAUAAUCAUCAUCAUAACGUGUGUUUUUUUCACCAUGAGUGUAGUAAGUCUGUAGAAUGUGGCCGCAGUCUUUCGUUUUUUUAGCAUGAGCUAAACAAGAUGUCAUUUGGUAUUCAAUCCAGUAGGCCUUCUCCAACUGCACUCUUUGUUUUUAUAAUUUUGAGCUAUUUUCAGGAAUCUGUACUUUGAAUCAAAAUUGAGAAGAGGUGGAAUGGUUAAUGCCUAAGUUUUUUA